AUGUCGCCCCGCUAUAAACCAAUUUCUAACGAUCGUACUUUACUCCCUUUAGUCGGUCUACCUGCCGCACUGCCUUUACAAUCAACAAACCAACCAGCAGCUUCAAACACUGCUGUUCCAAGCGACACUCCAUUAACCAACGCACAAUCUCCAACCCCUCCAUCUCCUCCGACUCCAUCUCCUUCUCCUCCAUCUCCUCCGACUCCAUCUCCUCCGUCUCCAGCCCAACCGUCAGCUCAACCAUCAACCCAACCGUCAGCUCAACCACCAGCUCAACCACCAGCUCAACCAUCAGCUCAACCACCAGCUCAACCAUCAGCUCAAUCUCAACCAGCACCACAACAGACCGCACCCACAAAAUCAACGAUAACGAUAUCUGUUACUAACACUAGCGGUGUAGUGACAGUGACUUCAACAUCCACAACCUUCCCUCCCGACCCAACCGAAACAUGUGUUGCUUCGGGGCUGGGAGGGACCGUUACUUGCAAUAAUCCCAAUUCAUACUGUGACAAAUUAAGUAAUACGUGUAAUCCCAAAAAUUCAACCGGUCAGCCAUGCAGUUCCGGUGACCAAUGUAUCUCCGGAUUUUGCAGUAAUGAUAUAUGCGUUGAUGUCUCUUCCACGUCAGACGAAAACAGCAACUCAAAUCUUGGAACUAAAAUAGGCGUUGUGGUUGGUGUCAUAUUUGGUACUGCUGCGAUUGUUGGGAUCUUUGUAUGUUGUAUACGCUUGGCGUACAACAGACGUCAACGUAAACGUUACAAUUAUGAAAUGGAAUCCGAUGCAUACAGCGAUGGUGUAUCUGUCACGGAAGCUAGACGACCGUCGUAUCCAUUUGCUGGUGGUGCAGCCGCAUUCUCAAGCGCCAAUCCCCCGUUUGCAGCAAGGAAUGUUGCUCGUUCUGUGGUUACAGAUACUACUUCUGAUUAUAAUCCUCGUCCAAAAUAUAAUGCUGUUCCGGCUCCUGUACCACCGUCUAUGCAGUACAGAGGACAAGGAGGCUCUGACGUUCGUCCUCGAGACGUGAACACGAGUCGUACAGUUCAACCGGGACCACUAUAUCCCGGCCCAUCUCAAUUCACAGCCGCAAAUUAUCAGUACGCGAACAUAUCUUCAUUAAGUGCUCCUAUUCCCUCUCAGGCGCCAGUAGCUCAGCACAGCUACAAUCAGCCGCCUCCAGCGCAGCCACCUGUCACGGGCAUUAUUCCAAAGCCCGAUCGAGUAUAUUCGCCUCGACCUGCUCCUGCUCUCCCACAAACCGAUUCUAUGUCUGCAAAUGAAGUUGUUAACACCGUUUCUAAUAACGCCAUUCGAUCACCAAUAGUUGGUGCAGCAAUCGGUGCAGGUGUAGUUGGAAAUAACUUACAAGUCCCGGAUGCUCGUAAAUCGAAUGCAAGUUCAGACAAAGGCGUGCAGAUUGUAUAUCGGGUGGCUAACAACAAGCAAGCCGAAGAAGCGCAUAAUCGAUUAUUUGAAGCAGCGAGAGAUAUGAAUGAGAGACAGAUUGGAAACACGAACAAUGAAAACGCUGGCGCGGCAUUGGAUCAGACAUAUCUUGGUAUUGACGCCCUUGUUCCGCAUGGUGAUUUCGAGGAGAGGACGGGAAGAAAAGGUGGUCGAUACACGAUGGCAUCUAUGUAUACGACAUCCGUAUAUUCGACAUAUUCACGGGAUUCUUCCACGAGUAAUUUCGGUCUUAGACCACCAGAUAUCAAAAAUGCAUUAUCAAUGGCAGAUGUCCCAGACUCGCCCACUUUGUCAUAUACUGGGUUUUACGAAGCAAAUAUCGCGUCUAAUAAGCAAGAGCUUGCACAAGCAGCUUCAUCAAAUAAUAGCAGUGAGAUCAACGUUCCAAUAAACACCGAAACAACAACAGAAGCUCACCGGUUCGGUGGGGGUGGAUCGCAAACAAACUCUGCGUCGUUUGAGGACGACUUGGCAGCGAUACACCAAUUUACCUUGAAGCAUGGUCUAUGA